AUGAAAUCUCAGAAGCAGCACCAAACUAAACUCAAAUCUAUUAAUUCGCAAGUUAUGCCCAAACAACAUGUUCACUAUCUUCACCCCUUUGGAUGGGAAAAUGAUCCUAAUGAAGAAAGGUUCAAGGUCACCACCCUCGACUACCUUACCGCCUGCACGUAUAACAACUACGCUCUCUUCUUCAAGCUCCAAGACUCGGAGAAGCAGACGGCUAUCGAAAUCUUAAAAUCUGGACUGGAGAGAACCCUGGCUCAAGCAAGACAUUAUUGUUGCACUAUUGAGAAAGAUCCGGGUGGCGGUCACUCUUUCGUCAAGAAGAAAGACAGCACGGUUCGCCUUUUCCUUCAAUGGCUCGACUCUCCCGAGGAUGCGGACAAGUAUCCUUCGUUCGGUGACCUCGAAAGAACCCACUUUAGUGCGGUAACACUUGGUGAUCUUGAACAAUGGAGUGUGCCCCCAAUGACAUAUGGCGAGAAGCCAGAGGCCCAUCCGGACAAUAGUCCUGUUGUAUCAGCUUUCAAAGCCAACUUCAUUCGUGGGGGACUGGUAUUCCACAUCCAUCAUCAUCACUACGCCAACGAUGUCAUGGGUUGGGCGGGCUUUGUUCAUCAGCUAGCCGAAAAUUGCUAUGCUGCUGUCAACAACACUGAAUAUCCCACUUGGGACCCCCUCAAUCUGGAUCUCUCCCGUCUUAUCAAGCAAGAGCCACCGGAAGAUGAGAAGGUAGAUGGACCACCGCCCUCAGAGCGUCAUCCCGGUCACCAAGGUGGUGUAUCACUAUUGUUCCACCUUCCAAAGAGCAAAGCCGCGGAACUCAAGGCUAAUGCUAUGCCCGCGGAUGGAAGUUGGAUCUCGACAUAUGACGCCUUUUCAGCUUUUAUCUGGCGCAACUUGACGAGGAUUCGUGCUCCCGUCUUCAAUCCCGACCCCUCUUCGACCUUGUAUUGGUGUGAGGCCGUCGAUAUGAGACGCCGUAUGCAUAGUCCCAAGGUUCCACCACGAAUUCAACACAAUGUCGUGUUCGCUGUGACAUCUCCCACCGCGCCUGUCACACAGCCCACGGUGGCUCAGAUUAUUUCUGAGUGGUCGCUCCCAGAGUUGGCCUCAUACAUUCGAAAAUUGACCAACAGUGUCACGCAGGAGAAUCUUGAUAAGACAUUGGAGAUGGUCGCUACAAUUCGUGACAAGACAUCUCUGAAUGCUCGUGUCGAUGCGCAGCCUCCUCUAUCAAUCUUACAAACUGAUCACAGAGAUGCCAAUGUUACGUCUGCUAACUUUGGUUUCGCGAAGCCUGCCAUGUAUCGUCACCUGUUAGAUCGCAUUACUGAGGGUAUUAUUAUCAUUUAUCCACCUCGAGAUACGUCACCAGAAUCUGAUGAAGGUUGCGAAUUUGCGAUAUUCUAUGAGAAGAGAUUGGCUCAGGAUCUUAUCAAUGAUCGCGAAUGGAAUGAAUAUUUUGAGUACAGAGGUAUUGAUGCUGAGGAUUCAAGUGUGGCUUAA